GUGGAGACUUACAUCUUCGGGUGCAUUCUCUACGUCUUCAGCCUGGGGAGAAGUGAGGCUGGGCAACCGGCCAAACCGCCUCUUCGGGGCCAUAUGGACCAAUCUUCUCACCCCGACCAUUUCCCUUUUUUUGUGGCGCCUCCUCUUACGGCGCAUUCCCAUUGACACUGUGAUGCAGGCGAGAGGAUUCUUCUUCCCCUCCCGCUGCCAUUGUUGUGCUGAGACCGGUACCUUUGAGAUCGAGACAUUCACCCAUCUUUUCCUUGAGAGUAAAAACGCUUGUAAGAAAUCUACUGAAGAGGCCACAAUGCCUGCAGGUUCUUGUUUUUCUCAAGAAGAAUCUCCUCACGACAAACAUGAGAGAAGUUUGAAAGAAGAUACUGUUAGACCUAAGAAGCGUAAGAGAGAAUUCAGUUGGCAGAGGCAAAGGAAACAUAAGCAGUUGGUUGUUCAAGAAAAACAAUCUUUGAUUCCGUAUGGAGAAAAUUGUUGCAACACUGAUAACUUAUCCAGAGGGCUCCCGAAUGAUGAGCGUGCAAGUUCAUGUCAGACUCGAAUCAAUUCUCGUUGCUUUUGUUGUUCAGUUUUCCAAAAUGAACCAAAGAUGAAGCGGAAUGCUGAGAUUGAUAGACAAAACAUAUUUUAUAAGUUAGAAGAUUCUACAUUAAUGCUGCCAAGGAAACGUAUCCUCAUUGACAUACUGUACACUGUAAAGCCCAAUGGCUGUGGAGCUUCUAUCCUGUUCAAUAAUAUCUUCAGAUCAUUUGGCAUGAAUAGUCAUCCUGGGAUUCCAUGUCUUCACAGAAAAGAUAAUUGCCCUGUUUUAUCCACCUGUUUAUAUCAUUCCCUGACUAAGUUACUAAAAAAUCUCAUUCGUGAGACUCAAAAUUGCCGAUAUUUGAGGCUUUUAGACAAGCACUGUCCUAUGGGAUCCUCAUAUGAAGACACGAAUGGAGAUACAAGCACUGGGUUUAAGGGAAAUAAACCACGGCCAAUCUUAUCUAUGAGAAAACAGAAUGGGGUUCAACCUGAUGGAAACUGGUUUAGUGUUUCUAAUGCCAAAAAUAGCAGGAUGACUGAUAUCGAUCAGAAAGAGCGUAUUGAAUAUUGCUGUCCCAAAACACAGGUGGUAUCAUUUGUAUGGGCAAUUUGUCGGAGAAUAGUCCCCGUGCCAUUGCUUGGAGAACCUUCUAACUGGAGGGUUUUGCGGAAAAACAUCUCAAGAUUUAUCCAGCUCCGAAAAUUCGAGAAAUUCUCCUUAAAGGAAUGCAUCUAUAAGUUAAAAAUAUCAAAAUUUCCUUUAUUGUCAGUUAAACACGUUGGGGAUACGCUCAGUGGGUGCAGUCAGCUUGGUAUCACAGAUGUUGCUCGACAUGCAAUUUUUCAAUGCUGGAUGUUUUGGUUUUUUUCAAGUCUAGUGUCACCAUUGGUUCAGGCUCACUUUUAUGUCACUGAAAGCGAGCAUGAGAAACAAGAGGUACAAUAUUACCGAAAAUCCACUUGGUUGAAACUGAUAAGUGAAGCUGAAUGCUUGAAGGACGGGAGGUUCUGCCAGCUGGAUCACACAUCUGUUGAGAAAAUAAUCAGGAACAGAUCAUUUGGUUUCUCCAGGGCCAGACUUCGUCCCAAGCCAAAUGGAUUCAGAAUGCUUACAAAUCUUCAAGCGCCAUCAAGAAUGAGUGUGGACCCUCCAAGAAAUCCCUCCAAUCAAAAGCUGUUGAGACUAGCAUUGCCCGACCGUAGGGCAAAGUGUCGGUUUUUCAAGUCUGUGAACAGCAUCCUUCAGGAUCUGCACGUGGUUUUAAAAGGUUUAUGGAUAAAGGAACCAGUGAAGUUGGGUUCAUCAGUUUUUGAUUACAAUGACGUCUACCGAAAGCUAGUGCCUUACUUAUUUCAUUUAAAAAAUGGGUCGACUAGAAUGCCUAGCAUGUUCCUUGUGGUUUCAGACGUGUCAAAAGCUUUUGACUCCAUUGAUCAAGAUAAACUGCUCAGUGUGAUGGAUGAUGUUGUAUUGGAAAAUGAGUAUGAUUUGGAGAAAUUUACUCAGGUUAUCUGUACAAAGAAAUCUUUGAAGGUCCACCUGCAUGUGACUUUAGCACAUGGAGAUAAUAUUGGCGAGUUCGGGAAAAUCACUCCACGACUCCCUGCCCAGGCAUUGGAUUCUGUUCUUAUUAAGAAGGGACUGAGCAGAAAUAUAAGGAAAGAUAAAAUCCUUGUAAUUCUAAAGGAGCACAUUACGCGCAAUGUAGUUCAACUACAUAAUAACUUUUUUUUGCAAAAUGUCGGCAUACCUCAAGGCAGUGUCUUGUCUUCUUUGCUCUGUUCAUUCUAUUACGGACACAUGGAGAGGAAUGUAGUAUUUCCAUUUCUCGAGAAAGUAACCGAGGGCCCAUCUGGAGAACUUGAUACUUCUGGUGUUUCUGUUUCAAAAGGAAUUCUUUCCAAAAGAGCUGCCACAUGUGGACCUUCAUACCUUCUGCUUAGGUUCAUUGACGAUUUCCUCUUCAUAUCAACUUCAAAAAAGCAGGCUUCAAUGUUCUUCUACCAGCUGGGAUGUGGAGUUCGUGAAUACAACUGCUCUAUGAAUGAGGAGAAAUACGGUUUAAACUUUGACAUUAAUGGUCGUCAACAUUGCCGAUCAAACAGGCUGCACGUCAGUAAAGAUGGCGUUUCAUAUCUCAGAUGGAGUGGGCUGCUCGUUAAUUGCUCCACAUUAGAAGUUCAAGCGGACUACACAAGGUAUCAGAGUACUCAUUUGAGCUCCACUCUAACCGUAAGCUGCCGAGGACAAGUAGGCCACCAGUUGAAGUCAAAGCUUCGCUGUUACCUGCGGCCUAAAUGCCACCCUAUAUUCUACAAUUCUAACAUCAAUUCCCCCGGAGUUGUCAGGCUCAAUAUCUAUCAAGUAUUUCUGCUUUGUGCCAUGAAAUUCGUAUGUUACGUUAAAAACUUGUCAAUUCUACCAAGGCUCAGUCCACAGUUCCACUUUAAUGCCAUUGACGCGUCUUUAAGGUACAUGAACCGGCUCAUUAAGAAAAAGAUGUAUUCUUUUGACAUUGAAACUGCCUUUCGUCCUAAAUACAAUGUGAAGAAGAAGGAAAUUGUGUGGCUUGGACUGUACGCCUACUGUCGGGUGCUCGGGAAAAAGCAGUCGAGGUACAAGGAGUUGCUUUCUUUGUUGAGGUCUAAGUUGAAGUCUUAUGGGAAGGUAAAAACCAUGUCGCCCCAGCUCAAGUAUGCUAUUGAUGAUGCACAUUCAUCAGUACUUUGGAGCAUCAAGUAUUGA